AGCACUUCCGUCCGCGCGCACGUCAGCAGGUGCAGAGAGCAGUGGGGGUCUCGCGGCUUCAUCAUCCCUGCAUCGAAAUUACGCCGGCAUAUAACAAUUUUACAUCAAUAUAACAUUCUCAGAAAAUGGUAGCAAAACAAAGGAUCCGUAUGGCAAACGAAAAGCACAGCAAAAACAUCACGCAGAGAGGCAACGUUGCAAAGACCCUGCGACCUCAGGAAGAGAAGUACCCCGUGGGGCCGUGGCUCCUGGCUCUGUUCGUCUUCGUCGUCUGUGGAUCUGCCAUCUUUCAGAUCAUCCAGAGCAUCAGGAUGGGAAUGUGAUCCAGAGGUCCCACAGACUCUCCCCUCUCUCCCCACACCCGCUCAUCAGACCUGAGGCUGCUCGCCACACUACGUACCUCCCUAACACCUCCAGGAGGCCUGGAGGUCCGGACAGCUCUGUGUCCAUCAGGGAAGGCCUGAGAGAUGAGUGGACCACCCCCCUUCCCCCCUCGAUUUUCUCGAUCACAUGUUUACAGAGUUCCAGGCCGUGGAGAUGAGAGCUUUUCUACUGACAGUCUAAACCACAACCAAUGGCUGGCUCAAUCUUGUACAGAGUGUUUUACACCUGCUCAUAUGUGUGAGUGUGAGACUGUGAGUGAAUGUGUAUGUGUGUGCAGUCAAUGAUGUGACUGGCUGCUGUGCAAUACUGCUGUGUUUCUAUAUACACUCACCGGACAGUUUAUUAGGUACACCACCUUGUUCACAAAAAUGGAUCGCUCCUACUGACAGUGACCAUGGCUUGCUAUAUAAAGCAGGCAAACAGGAAUCUAGACAUUCAGUUACUGUUCAAUUGAACGUUAGAAUGAGCAAAACAAUUGACCUAAGCGACUUUAAGCGAGGUAUGAUCGUCGGUGCCAGGCGCGCCAGAUCCAGUAUUUCAAAUGGCUACCCUCCUGGGCUUUUCAUGCAUGACAGUGUCUAGGGUUUACCGAGAAUGGUGCGACAAACAAGAAACAUCCAGUCAGUGUUGGUGAAAACAGCUAGUUGAUGAGGGAGGUUGUAGGAGAAUGGCACGAAUCGUGCAAGCUAACAGGCAGGCCACAAACAGACAAAUAAUGGCACAGUAUAACAGUGGUGUGCAGAACGGCAUCACGGAACACACAACUCGUCGAUCCUUGUCACGGAUGGGCUAUUGCAGCAGACGACCAAACUGGGUUCCACUCCUAUCAGCUAAAAACAUUAAGAAACUUCUCCAGUGGACACGCAAUCACCAACACUGAACAAUUGAGGAGUGGAAAAACAUUGUCUGGAACAUGACAGCGAGUUCAGUUUACUUGAUUGGCCUGCGCAGUCCCCAGACCUCAACCCAAUAGAGCAUCUUUUGGAUGAGAUGGAACGGGGUUCCGACCCAGUACUAGAUGGAAGUACUUAAUAAACGGGCCGGUGAGUGUAUAUCUGUGUUGUGAGAACCUUUUUCAAAUAAAUGUGACUCAUUUGGGACAUGUCUGUUUGUCUGCUUUCAGUUCCACUUUUCAGCUGCUUCUAUCCCAGCGCAUGUUGUGCAGAUUCAGCUUGCUAAUAGUGUGGUUCAUUUGGGGCUUCCUGGUGUGUGUGUGUGUGUACAUGCAUAUGUGCGUGUUAUAUAACUUAGCACUAAAGAACCACAGCUUCAUGGAAUGUUAGGUGUCUUAAUGUUUAAAUUCCAGGUGCUAAACCGUCAUGACUAUUUACCAGGAUUCUGUCAUGUCCUUUCUCCAACAUACCUGUAUGACACCAGGGUUAUGUCAUGUCCUUUCUCCAACAUACCUGUAUGACACCAGGGUUAUGUCAUGUCCUUUCUCCAACAUACCUGUAUGACACCAGGGUUAUGUCAUGUCCUUUCUCCAACAUACCUGUAUGACACCAGGGUUAUGUCAUGUCCUUUCUCCAACAUACCUGUAUGACACCAGGGUUAUGUCAUGUCCUUUCUCCAACAUACCUGUAUGACACCAGGGUUAUGUCAUGUCCUUUCUCCAACAUACCUGUAUGACACCAGGGUUAUGUCAUGUCCUUUCUCCAACAUACCUGUAUGACACCAGGGUUAUGUCAUGUCCUUUCUCCAACAUACCUGUAUGACACCAGGGUUAUGUCAUGUCCUUUCUCCAACAUACCUGCAUGACACCAGGGUUAUGUCAUGUCCUUUCUCCAACAUACCUGUAUGACACCAGGGUUAUGUCUUGUUACUCAGCCUCUCAAAUUUAUGUCUCCCAAAACCAUCCUUCUUCAAGGCAGAUGGCAGCUUAUCGUCAUUUGAAUGGAAUCCUGUUCACACAUUUAUCCAGUGUGGUGAGUUAUACAAUCGCUGUUUGUUCACUUGAAGUAAUGGGCAAUUGGAGUGAUUUGUGGACCAUGUAAUCUAUGCAGCUGUUAACUAAGGCCGACCCUGGUGAAAAGCAGAGGAAAAGAUUAACCUACAGCUUGCAGUAUACAGGCAGUGCUCUGUUGCUCUGUUUCAUAUGUUCUCUUUUCAGUGUACAGUAGGAUGAUGUGGCCCGCCUAGACACUAAACUAAGGUUAGUUUUACAUUUCCCCUCCAUAAUGGUUAAGGUUGAGACUAAGGUUAAACUGCUGCUGACAGCCCUGGCACAGCAGUGUUGAAGUAUGCUACAGUAUGAGGACAGUGAGAGACUCUGCUAUAAGUAAUCAGCAGGCACAUAGGUCUGAUUGUUACAACAGUAACCCACAGCAAAGGUCUGCUGAACACCAUGAGGUCAAUGCUCGGCCUGGCAUUUCUCUUUUUAAAUUUUUUAUUUAACUAGGCAAGUCAGUUAAUAAGAACAAAUUCUUAUUUUCAAUGACAGCCUAGGAACAGUGGGUUAACUGCCUGUUCAGGGGCAGAACGACAGAUUUGUACCUUGUCAGCUCGGGGGUUUGAACUUGCAACCUUCCGGUUACUAGUCCAACACUCUAACCACUAGGCUACCCUGCCGCCCCGCCCCCGUCUCGGGGAGAUGGAGAACGCGAACACUGCCUGUCCCUUUCCUACACAGAUCCCUCUGUGUGCGCAUUUCCUAUCCGAUAUAAACAUGUUUUCCCUAACUCACCCCUGAAACACAGGACAUAACCUAGCCAUGGUAAUAUGUGUCAAAGCUCAUCCAGCAGUGCUGCUAUAACAUGCCUACAAUCCUACAAGUAGAGAUGCAGCCAGCUGAACUGGCUGCAUGCUAAUAGCCUACGUGACUAGAAAAAAGGUGGAGGAGACUACCAUUGGACCGCAGGGGAGAGAAAAAAUGUCAAUCAGGGACCGGGUGCUGGUUUGUUAUUUACAUAAACAUGUGUUAUCCAUACAACCAUUAGACCAAGGAGGACCACCAGUUCAUCCACAACACCUCAACUUUUGUUCACUUGGCAGGUCAGCACUAAGUAAGAAGUUGAUGUUGUAAGUCGCUCUGGAUAAGAGCGUCUGCUAAAUGACUUAAAUGUAAAUGUAAAUGGCCUACAGGUUAAGGUUAAUUAUUUAGACUACAGUAAACAUGAGGCAUGAACAAGUUGAUUAUUCCUUUAACAUUUUAUUGAAAGUUGUGAAGUGAAACUGUCAAGUGCAAUUGUGUUAAGUAUGUUUACAAUACCUCAUCUGGUUUGAGGAAACAUGCGGAACAUGAGCAUACAACUUAUACAUAGAAUGCAAAAAAUUCAGUUCAUCUUUCUGAUAUUCAGAGUAACGUGUUUGUUAUGUUUAAGAGCUGAUCAUCCGGAAGUACUUUACCGUCAAAAAAUGAAAACAAAAUAAAUUUACUUCAAAUAAUUUCAAGUGAACGAUGGUUUACAGUAGGCGUUAAUGUUGCAGCCGAAGAUAUGGAUACUGGAUAUUUGUCAGUUAAAUAACCUCCACAGCUCUAUUGUCCUGAAUUACAGCAUUAAAAAGACAGCACAUAUCUUCAGACCAGCCCAUUACUAGGCCUAGAUCACUCACCAUUUGUACUUCACCUAAAUAGCAUCUGUCUUCUCUCCUUAUGUCACUAUAUUACACAGUACUUACACUAAAUAUACAGAAAUAUACACAAUGUAGAAAGCCCAUCAACUCCUUUUUGAAAAUGCAGCUUAGCCAAACAUCUCAGCCCCUGUGCUCCUUUACAUAAGAGAAGCCGCAAUGAGGUUUAACAGGGCGCAAGGCUGAGGGGUUCAAAUUAAAAUAAGAAUGUCAUAAUCAUCAUCUCUUUUAAUAAGCAAGUAUAGGCUACUAUACUCCAUUCAAUCCCACAGUUUAAAUGAUGACGUCCAUGGAAAUGUUGUCGUGUUCUCCCUUCAGGUCUCCUCCCCCUCACUCGCCAAAUGGGGACUAUCACACCAUGAUAAUCCUCUGAUUUUUCACGUUGUCACCAUGAGGUGCUCCAUUCUCGGUCUGUCUCUCUGUAGCACGCAAGCAGAAGAGAACCGCUGUAUUUAUGUACAUUAUCAGGAUUCAGCAAAGCAUGGCCGUUACCAUCUCCCUCCAUCAUCGUUACCACUGAAG